UUUCAAUUCAAACUUUUGACUUAAUCUCACAACAUGCCAGCAAAGGCGUUCAGUGCAAAGCAAAAGAAAAAGCAGCUGCAGGACAAGCGCGCGCGCAAGCGUGAAGCUGGCGGCGGCGACGAUGAUGACAACGACAGCAACACCAAUGACAACUACAACGACAUCCAUCACAACAUUGACAGUGCUGCGAACGGCAGUGACGGCAGUGCUGGGCACGACGAUCCGGACGCCGCUGAUGCUCAAGUGGCCCAGAACGACAGCCACGAGGACGAAGACAACCAGGCGUCGACAACAGCGCGCGCCUCAAGCAGCAUUGGCAACCGUAGCAGACAUGCACAUCACGCACAUGGACCGGCGCGCGGUGGCAAAGGGCAAGCCCAGCGACGUAGCGGUACCAACGCGGCGGAUGCUAAAGUGUCAUCAUCGUCAGCCACUCUCGCACGAGGCGAUCGCAGGCGAGCUGCAGGAAACGCGGCUGGCGUUAUAGAUCUGGAUGCAGGCGCUUCAACUUCGGCCAGUGCUGGCGGCGACGCUGCCAACUCGGUGCGAGUGAAUCGGUUGAAUGCGCAACCAGUCUCCAAGUCGCUCCGGAGCUCGCUCUAUGAUCCCAAUCGCUACAACUUGCAUUUCGAAAAGGAGAGCAAAGCCGAGAUUGAGAGGCGAAAGGCCGUUUCGCGAGAGCCACUCAAGCCAAAGCCCGUGACUGAUCUUGAAGUGGAUCUGGACGACAUCUACAAGCCUGGCAGCUUGAUUGACAUGCCGAAACGCCCCGCCUGGGACUACACGCACACCGAGUCCAAAGCCGAUCUGCUGCGCCGCGAGGAAGUGCGCUUCCGUCAGUACCUCGAGGCGAUCUACGCCAAGUAUUCUGUGGACGAGCUGAGCUACUUUGAGCACAACAUCGAGACGUGGCGCCAGCUCUGGCGCGUGAUUGAGAUUUCAGACAUUAUCCUGCUGAUUACCGACAUUCGCCACCCCGCCUUCCACAUGCCACCCUCGCUGUACCAGCACGUGGUCAAGGAGCAAGGCAAGCACUUAGUACUCGUGCUGAACAAGAUUGAUCUUGUUUCCCCCGUUGUCACCUCCGCCUGGAUCAAGUACUUUCGCGAAAAGUUUCCCGAGCUCCACAUUGCGGCCUUUUCGUCCUAUCCCGAGUGGGCAGUCCAGGACAUUCGUGAUGUCUUCCGCAAAAAACGGGCAAGGAUUGGCAAGAAGCGCAUGCGCGCGAUCGGCGUGGAGCAAGUGCUUGGUGCAUGCGCUCACUUGGCCAUCAACAAGAGCGCGGGACAGAUUGACUGGACGCAGCAGCUAAAGUCGGCGGGUGUCGACCCAGCUGCUGCGCUUGCAGCGGCCUCUGGCGCGGAUGCGUUUGCAAACCUCAAGCUUGCCGACAAUGACGACGAGUCCAACGGAGACCAAGACAACGAUAACGAGCUGGAGGAUGACGACAAUAGCGACUCUGAUGGUGAAUUGGAUGAGCUUGCGCUGGGUGUCGUGGACGACGAUGAGCGGACUGUUCACAAGGAUUUGGUGACGAUUGGGUUUGUUGGCUACCCCAACGUCGGCAAAUCCUCGUUGAUCAACGCAAUCAUGGGCAAAAAGGUCGUGAGCGCUUCCCGCACGCCUGGCCACACCAAACACUUCCAGACCAUCUUUCUCACUCCGCAAGUCCGGCUGUGCGACUGUCCUGGUCUUGUGUUCCCGUCAUUGGUUCCGAAGCAAGUGCAGAUUCUGGCUUCCAUCUAUCCGAUCGCUCAAGUCAGCGAACCCUACACCGUCAUCAAGUUUUUGGCCGAACGCGUCGACCUGAUCCGCCUGCUUGAUUUGCAGCAGCAUCCCGACCCCGACGAGAAUGCCAAGCCCAACCCCGUGUGGUCUGCGUGGGAUAUCUGCGAAGCUUGGGCCGAGAAGCGCGGAUACCGCACGGCAAAGGCUGCGCGACUCGAUGUGUACAGGGGUGCCAACAGCUUGCUGCGCUUGGCUGUGGAUGGUCGAAUCGUCCUUUCCAUGAAACCGCCAGGCUUCUACGCGCAGCACAAAGACCAGAUUGAGCGCGAAGGUCUUGCCCCGAUGCCAGUCAAGUUUAGCACAUUUGCGUCCAAGGAGCAUGAAAAGCGAGUGCAGGAGCAGAUCCGAGAUCACAGGGCAGCCGAGAGUGAAGAGGGCGACGACAGCGAAGAAGACAGCGACGGUUCCAGCAACGAGGACACUGAUGACGAGCCAGCCGCAAGUACUACCAAGGCAUCACGAGCUGCGCCCAAAGUCUCGAAUGCUUUUGCAUUGCUUUCCGAUGAGAUGGAUUGAAAGCGUUCUUCUUCCAACCCAAUUUGAACGGACAUGUUGUCGCAAUGAUAAUUUGGUUUUAAUAACAAAUACAAACAACGUCUUGAUAUUACAUUGGCC